CUGCUCAUAAUCCAGCACGUAGACGUGUGCAUGUUUUCAAACGGCAAAUUCAAGAAUGUGGUCGCACUCAUCGACAGCCGCGAAGAGUGCCCGAUCCGGCCGGGCACCACCCUCGACCGCUGCUACACGAUGAGCCCUGCCCGCGGCGUCACCAAGAACUGGAUCGCCCUCGAGGACUCGUACAUGCGCAACGCCUCUUCACUUGCCUCCACCGUCGUUUGCAAUUCACCCGACGAGCGCAAUGUGUUCGCCAUCUACGUCUCCUACUACGUCAAGGUGAAGUUGCUGGUCGGUACCAUGGGCAGCAAGAUCUCCGUCAAGCUGCCCUUCACCCUGCUGCCUUCUCACGUCGAGACCGACCUCAUGGCCGAGCAGUAUCCCGAACGUUACUCGCCCGUCCAGAUGCUGGGCACCGAGCAUCCGGCCCUGGCACCAACCGGUGAUUUCGCACAGCGGCCGGAGCGUCGCGGCAGCGCUCGCUGCGUCGACCUCGAGUCGGAGCGCACGCAGUCGGAAACCUGA